CACGCCGGAUGCCCUCUGUGGAUGAAAGAUGUAUUAUGGAAUGAACCCGAGCCAUGGAGAUGGAUUUCUAGAGCAGCAGCAGCAGCAGCAACAGCAGCAGCCUCAGUCCCCCCAGAGACUCUUGGCCGUGAUCCUGUGGUUUCAGCUGGCGCUGUGCUUCGGUCCUGCACAGCUCACGGGAGGGUUCGAUGACCUUCAGGUGUGUGCUGACCCAGGUGUCCCCGAGAAUGGCUUCAGGACGCCCAGCGAAGGGGUAUUCUUUGAAAGCUCUGUCACCCGAUUUCAUUGCCAAGACGGAUUCAAGCUGAAGGGUUCUACGAAGAGACUGUGUAUGAAGCAUCUUAACGGAACCCUGGGCUGGAUCCCGAGUGACAAACCCGUCUGCGUGCAAGAAGAUUGCCGCAUCCCUCAAAUCGAAGAUGCUGACAUUCAUAACAAGACUUACAGACACGGAGAUAAGCUAAUCAUCACCUGUCACGAAGGAUUCAAGAUCCGUUACCCCGACCUGUACAACCUGGUUUCGUUAUGUCGUGAGGACGGGACGUGGGACAAUCUGCCCAUCUGUCAAGGCUGCCUGAGACCACUGGCCUCUUCCAACGGCUACGUGAACAUCUCCGAGUUCCAGACGUCCUUCCCCGUGGGGACGGUGAUCUCCUAUCAUUGCUUCCCCGGGUUUAAACUCGAGGGGUCGGACUACCUCGAGUGCUUGCACAACCUGAUCUGGUCGUCCGGCCCGCCCCGGUGCCUUGCUCUGGAAGCAGAGCAAACGUGGCCCAGCACCCACGAGACCCUCCUGACCACGUGGAAGAUCGUGGCGUUCACGGCGACCAGCGUGCUGCUCGUGCUGCUGCUCGUCAUCCUGGCCAGGAUGUUCCAGACCAAGUUCAAGGCCCACUUUCNNNGCAGGGGGCCUCCCAGGAGCUCCAGCAGCGACCCUGACUUCGUGGUGGUGGACGGCGUGCCCGUCAUGCUCCCGUCCUACGACGAGGCUGUGAGUGGCGGCCUGAGUGCCUUAGGCCCCGGAUACCUGGCUUCUGUGGGCCAGGGCUGCCCUUUACCCGUGGAUGACCAGAGCCCCCCAGCAUACCCCGGCUCAGGGGAUACAGACACGGGCCCGGGGGAUUCAGAAACCUGUGACAGUGUCUCGGGGUCUUCCGAGCUGCUUCAGAGCCUAUAUUCAUCUCCCGUGUGCCAAGGGGACACCCGCCCCGCGUCCGACAACCCUGACACAGCGGCCAGCACGGCGGGGGAGGUGGCAUCCACCAGCCCAGGCAUCGAUAUCGCGGACGAGAUUCCUCUCAUGGAAGAAGACGCGUAGCCAGGCCGGGUCCUCCUGAUUCUACUGCCCCUCUGGGAACGGGAACCAUGUACCUUGGAGCGAGGCCACAGAAAGACAGAGCGAGGGGGACGGGGAAGUGUUCCAAUUUGUCUACAUGGGGACAGUGACUCACAUCAUACAUCACGGACUCAACGGUGGGUGACAGAUACGGACAAACCGCGGUGCAGCGCUUUUAAAUGGGACCCGAGGAUUUGCCGAGACCAAUGGGAAACAAAGGGAUGAGGGGAUCCCUCCCCCUACGUGG